AGAUAAACUGCAAAUUUUUAAUAAAUAUACCAAGAAUAAAUUUUGAGCAAAAUUCAAAAUAAUUAGAAACAUAGCCAUUUAUUAGCAAGAAGUAAGAAAAUUUUAUCAGAUCCACAAACUAUAUCAUAUAUUUACCAUGAAGUCUCAUCCCCUUCUCGCUUUAGUAAUUCCAAUCAUCCUUAAUCUAAUAGUUUUUAUGUCGCUCACUGAAGGUCAUACAAUAUGGGUUCAUAACAAAUUGGUUGUAGGUACAUGGGCUGCAGUUACUGCCGUCGAUACUUUAGAUUAUGCACAUCAAAAUCAAAUUGAUCAGCAAUGGUCAAUUGCUCAUCAUGGCUUCCAUUUGACUAUACCUGACAAUUAUACAACGUUUUACCUUUAUCUAGAAGCUAUAACCUCCACUCAAGAUACUAAAACACGCGGACCGUUCAAUAAUAAUCAGGAUUUCUGUUGGCACUUUCAUGGUUCCCUUAAUGAUUGGGACGUAUACGCUUGUUAAUAAUAACGAGAAAUAGGUUUAUUAGAGGGAGCUAGAAACUUUUUGAUCAUAGUAUCAUCGCAAG